AUGAAGGAGGAAAGGAAAUACCCGCAAAUCAAGAAGGAAAUCAACAGCAUGAACAUCGUCCAGAAGUUUCCAUGCCCAAUCUGCUCCGAAGAUCACGCAAUCUAUCAAUGCAGUGAUUUUAAGCAAGCACCGGUGAAAGAGCGACGUGAGUUGGCCCAGCAUGCGAAACUUUGCUUUAAUUGUUUGCGAUCAAAUCAUUGGGUGAAAACUUGCCAAUCGAAAUUUGUAUGCAGAAACGCUGACUGUAAACAAAAACAUCAUACACUGCUGUGCGAUAAGAUGAUGAAUGAAGCUGUUAAUAAAACAACCGUGAAAGCGAACGAGAAGCUAGCGGCGAAGAGCGACGAGGAUGGCAACGAGCAAGUAGUAUCCUGUUCAGCUAACGUCAAAAACAGCUGUUCAAUGUUAACUGUAGGUACUUUACCAACAGCCGUGGUUCGAGUAAAAGGAAAAAACGAUCAGCUCUAUGAGGUACGCGCGAUGAUCGAUUGUGGUUCCCAAGCAUCACUCAUCACCGAAAGCUGUGUUAUACACAUUGGAUUGAAAAGGAACAACGCUAAUCUCAUUGUCACCGGAAUAAUGAACUGUGGAUCCGAGACCACCAAAGGAGUGGUGAAUCUAGAAAUCUCUUCGCGGUUCGACAAUCAACCAGUCGUCAACACGAAGGCCUUUGUGCUAACCAAGCUCACACGGAAUCUUCCGCAGCAGAAAAUCGACACCAGCCGUUUGAAAUGUUUGGAAUCAUUACAACUGGCAGAUCCCGGAUUCAGCAAGCCAAGUAAGAUCGAUCUAAUACUUGGAGUAGAUGUGUUUCUCUCGAUUUUAGGUGAUAAAAAAGUGAAGGAUGAACAUGGGCUUCCAGUAGCGUUAAAUUCAGCGUUUGGCUGGAUUGUUGCUGGUCAAGUUGGCGAUGCGGCCUCGCUUCAAUGCCGCUCAGCAAUAAUCAAUUUAUGUUCGGAAAUUAACGUUGAUCGUACGCUUCGGCAAUUCUGGGAGAUCGAAGAAAUUGAUAAACCGAAACCCCUCACCCAGGAGGAGGAAAGAGCCAUUGAACUAUUUCAAACUACACACCAACGUGAUAAAGAUGGGCGUUUCAAAGUCCGUUUACCAUUCGAUGAAUCCAAGUUGGCUCUUGGAGAGUCCUUGCCAGCAGCGAUACAAAGAUUAAAAGCGAUGGAGAGGAAAUUCCAUUUGGACCCCAAAUUCAAAAAACUGUACGGAGAGUUUAUGGCUGAAUAUUUGAAUCUUGGCCACAUGGAACGAGUUCCGCCUGCAGAAGUUAAUAUAGCAGUCUGGAAAACUGAUAGUACCACAACAAAGUUGCGCGUUGUGUUUGACGGCUCGAGCAAAACAUCAACAGGAAUAUCGUUGAAUGAGAGGCUUCUGGUUGGACCUAACCUCAACGAAGAUUUGUUUGUUAUACUUACUCGUUUUCGAAGCUACGCGGUGGCUUUUAUGGCAGAUGCAGAAAAAAUGUAUCGCCAAGUGUGGGUGAACAAUGCUGAUGCGGAUUUCCAGCGAAUCGUAUGGAGAACUGAUCCCGAACUGCCUGUAGAACAUUAUCGGCUUCUAACGGUAACAUACGGAACUGCCUGUGCCGCUUACUUAGCCAUCGAAUCACUACGACAAGCAGCCAGGGACAGCAAGACAGUGUACCCUGUUGCUGCUGAAAGAAUUGAAAAAAACUUUUACGUCGACGAUCUCCUGUCGGGUGCUGAUUCAGUAGAAGAUGCAGUCCAGUUGAAAAGCGAUAUUAUCCAGAUAACAUCAGCCGCUGGAUUUAAUCUGCGAAAGUGGUCGACAAACGUCCCACAGUUGUUGAAAUCAAAUGAAGAAAUACAGCAACAGCCGAUUGCGCUGAAAUUCGCACCAGAGGCGGAUUCAGUGAAAGCAUUGGGGAUACAUUGGUCUCCAUCAAAGGACGAAUUCUGUUAUAAACUGAAACUGAACAUUCAUCAGCAAAAUACUAAGCGUCAACUGUUGUCAGAUACGGCUCGCUUGUACGACCCUCCUGGAUGGAUUUCACCGGUAAUCGUUCGGAUUAAGAUUUUGUAUCAAUCACUUUGGCUUCUCGAUUUAUCUUGGGAUGACCCCCUUCCUGCAGCUAUUGAUGAUGAGUGGACGAGUAUUAAAUCAAGUUUGCAGUUGAUUGAGGAAAUACGCAUUCCUAGGUGGUUAGCAAACCACAAUGGAAAGAUCCAGCUGCACGGAUUCGCCGAUGCAUCGGAAGCAGCCUAUGCAGCAGUUGUGUAUGCACGCUCGGUGGGUAGUGACGGUACGGUAUACGUUUCUCUCAUCGCUAGCAAAACGAAAGUAGCACCCAUUCGUCAAAUUUCCAUACCAAAAUUGGAGUUAAAUGCAGCAGUUUUGCUGACCGAUCUUUUACGACGGAUUCUGGAAGCCUUCACCGAUCUAGAAGUGAGCGUCCAUGCCUGGACUGACUCCCGAAUCUUUUUGGAGUGGCUCUCAGCGCACCCCAAAAAAUGGAAAACAUUUGUUGCCAAUCGCACGUCGACAAUUCUCGAUUUGCUUCCUCGAAGCUCAUGGAAUCAUGUUGCAUCCGUUGACAAUCCGGCUGAUUGUGCUUCUCGAGGAGUUUUACCCGUGGAUUUAGUGAAUCAUACUCUGUGGUGGUCAGGCCCUAACUGGUUGCAAGAUGACUCUGAAAGAUGGAAAACUGAAUCGAUUUCCCCAUUACCCGAAGAAACAAUGAUGUUCAUUAAACGAGUGUUGGCAUGGGUGAAUCGAUUCAAAACAAAUGCACUGGGAAAGUUAAGAAAGCAAACGUUAGUGAGUGGCAAUUUAACACCAUCUGAAAUACAACAUGCAGACACGCAGUUGUCUCGACUCGCUCAGUUCGAACAGUUCGGUCGCGAUCUCGAUCUCAUUCGUAAAGGGUUGGAACCAAAAAAUGCUCAGCUGAAAUCAGCCUAUCCGUUCUUUGAUGGACAGGGUACACUGCGAGUCUCAGGCAGGUUGCAGAACUCAGGAUUACCCUACAACAUGCGGCAUCCGGUGAUUCUACCGAAGACACAUCGGUACACAUACUUGCUUAUCCAGCAACAGCAUCUGCAAAAUCUACACGGUGGGCCAACGUUGGUGAUUGCUUCACUAAAUCAACGAUACUGGGUUCUCAGUUGUCAUACAGCAGUAUCAUCCGUGAUCAACAAAUGUGUUCGUUGUGCUCGUUGGAAGGCCAAAACUGCACAGCAGCUGAUGGGUAGUUUGCCUGCAGUCAGAUCGUCAGGAGGACGUGCUUUUGAAAAUGUUGGGGUGGACUACGCCGGACCUGUCACAUUACGAACCAAUCUUCUGAGAUCGUCAAAAACAGUUAAGGGCUAUGUUGCUGUCUUUGUGUGCCUAGCGACAAAAGCCAUCCACUUGGAAGGAGUAACCGAUCUGACGUCAAAUGCCUUCAUUUCUGCUUUGAAACGUUUUUGUGGAUGUCGUGGAUUACCGUCUCAGCUGUGGUCAGAUAACGGGACCAAUUUCGUUGGUGCGGAUCGAAUGCUACGAGAAAACCUUCAGAAUUUAAACUUUAAUACAGAGAUUGAUCAUCAUCUCAGCCGUUGCGAAGUUAAAUGGAGAUUCAUCACAUCCAGCGCUUCUCACAUGGGAGGUAUGUGGGAGGCCGCAGUCAAGAGCAUGAAAAAACACUUUCGCACCGUGGUUGGAACACAGGUUCUUACAUUCGAAGAUCUGACGACAUUGCUCGUGGAAAUUGAAACUUGUUUAAAUUCCCGACCUCUUUGCGCACUCUCUAAUUCUGCAGAUUCCUGUGAAGCAUUGACGCCAGGACACUUUGUCAUUGGUCAACCACUGAACUUGAUACCAGAGCCGAAUACAAGCCAUGUGCCAGAAAAUCGAUUGGAUCGAUAUCAACGACUUCGUCGGUAUACUGCUGAUAUCUGGGAGCGUUGGAGAUCUGAAUAUCUCGCAACCCUUCAGCCGAGAAAUAAAUGGAGGACGAUACAGGAGAACAUCAAAAUCGGAGACCUUGUGCUGGUCAAAACGGACAAUACACCGCCAGCCUUUUGGGAGCUUGCUCGUGUGGUAGCAGUCCAUCCAGAUGCUAACGGGAUUGUACGCAACGUCACACUUUGGCGGGCUCAAACUCAAUAUCAACGCCCCAUACAGAAGCUGGUUGUUUUGCCUUGCAAUUGA